AUGUCUGGCCAACAAUGUCUCCGCCGUCUGCCCGCGAGCCUGCGUUCCUCUGUCCCAGCAGCUCUGCGCCCAUGUGCACGAGCGCUGAACCGGCUUCCCGCUGCGCGCAGCUACUCCGCCAUCUCCAAGGCGACAUCGUCUGGUCUGAUGGCCCAGGCGUCAAAACGACCUGGACAGUUCCCCUCACAACGCCUGUGGAGCCUCGACCAGACACGAAAAUAUGCCGAUUCCACCGUGGUCAAAGUGCCCGAAAUGGCCGAGUCCAUCACAGAGGGCACUCUCAAACAGUGGUCCAAACAGGUUGGCGACUAUGUUGAGCAGGACGAGGAGAUCGCGACCAUUGAGACCGAUAAGAUCGACGUAUCUGUAAACUCCCCCCAGGCUGGUACUAUCAAGGAGUUGUUGGUCAACGAGGAGGACACCGUAACCGUUGGGCAAGAUCUGGUCAAGCUGGAACUUGGCGGCGAGCCCUCGGGAGGAAGCAAGCAGGCGGCCAGCAGUGAAGCCAAGGAGCCCGCGUCCAGCGAUCAGGAAACGUCCUCACAGCCAUCGGGCGAACAGGAGCAGGCCAAGCCCAAGGGGGAGAGCUCGCAGCAAGAGUCAGCACCAGCAGCUCCCAAGGAAGAGUCCAAACCCGCACCAUCGAAGCAAGAGUCAAAGCCGCAGCCACAAAAGCAUGAGUCAAAAUCUACGCCAAAAGAGGAGACCAAGGUAGCCCAGCCAGGUAACCGUGAGGAGCGUCGUGUUAAGAUGAAUCGCAUGCGUCUCCGUAUUGCCGAGCGCUUGAAGCAGUCGCAGAACACAGCCGCCUCCCUGACCACUUUCAACGAGGUCGACAUGUCCUCCAUUAUGGAAUUCCGCAAGCUGUACAAGGACGAGAUCCUCAAGAACAAGGGCGUCAAGCUCGGUUUCAUGUCCGCCUUCUCCCGCGCCUGCAUCCUCGCCAUGCGCGAUGUUCCCGCAGUCAACGCCUCCAUUGAGGGUCCCAACGGCGGUGACACCAUUGUCUACCGUGACUACGUCGAUGUCUCCGUCGCUGUAGCUACCGAAAAGGGUCUUGUUACUCCUGUUGUGCGCAAUGCGGAGAGCCUCGAUAUGGUUGGCAUUGAAAAGGCGAUUGCAGAGCUUGGAAAGAAGGCGCGCGACAACAAGCUAACCAUUGAGGACAUGGCUGGUGGUACCUUUACCAUCUCGAACGGUGGCGUUUUCGGCAGUUUGAUGGGAACGCCCAUUAUCAAUCUUCCUCAGACGGCGGUGCUUGGUCUGCACGCCAUCAAGGACAAGCCCGUUGCUAUCAACGGAAAAGUGGAGAUCCGACCAAUGAUGUACCUUGCUCUCACAUACGACCACCGACUGCUCGACGGCAGGGAGGCUGUUACCUUCCUGGUCAAGAUUAAGGAGUACAUUGAGGAUCCCAGGAAGAUGCUUCUAUAA